CUAUGAGAAAUAUCCUCGAGGUUUUUAACAGUAAUAUGCUGCAAGGCUUCCAUGCUCUGGUGACCGGAGGAGCUGGAGGGAUCGGCAGACAAGUUGCUAUUGAUUUGAUUAAGUUGGGCUGCAAAGUUUCGAUUACUUCCCGAAAAGAAUCCAAACUUGACAAUGCUGUUGAAUACAUCAGGCAACAUGCAUCUAAGGAUUUGCUACGAGGUUCUCUCGGAAACGUUAAAAGUGAAUCUGACGUGAAAAACAUAGUCAAAUCUUCACGUGAUCAUUUUGGACCAAUCAAUAUUCUUAUUAAUUUAGCCGGAGGACAGUUUCUGUCAAAAGCGGAGAAGAUACCCUUAAAAGCCUGGAAAGCAGUUGUUGACUCUAAUUUAACGGGAUCUUUUUUAAUGAGUCAAAACGUGUUUUUGGCCGACAUGAGGGGUUGUGGAGGAAACAUUAUAAACGUUACUUCAGCUGAUAUGUCCACAGGGACCAUUCCUGCAAUGAGUCAUUCGUCCGCGUCAAGGGCAGGUGUAGAAAACUUAACAAAAAGCUUAGCGCUAGAGUGGGCAAAAUACAAAGUUCGAGUUAACUGUGUAGCCCCUGGGCUUAUUUAUACGGAUUUAGCCGAGUCGAAUUAUAGAGUCCCAGUGUUCGAGAAAUUCAAAGACAGUGUACCGAUUGGUGCUUAUGGUCGUCCAGAGGAUGUUUCUGGAAUAAUAUGUUUUCUCUGCUCUCCUGCAGCUGCGUUUUUUACCGGAGAAACUAUUAGAGUUGACGGUGGAUCAAGUAUAUACACUAGCUUAUGGAGAGAUUCCACGGAUAUAUUUUCCAAGCUAUAGAUUUGCUGAUCAAUACCUAUGGAGUUUGUUUUAAUUUUAGGAGAUCGAAUUUUCUAGUUAAGAAGUAACCCCUCUUGAAAAGUGAGAAGGAACCACGUGUUUUUUCUCUCCCCAAUUCGGGCAAUCUCAAAGAAAGCUUUCAGGGGACUGAGUGUGGUAUCAAAUUCAAGCCUUUUAAGCCGUGGUUUGGGUUCCGA